UGGGUAUUUUUUAGUGCUUGUCCACCGCGAUACUAUCGAUUGUGACACCUCUUCUAGUGACCAGAUUGAAUGUGUGUCGGCUGACGGAAAAACAGAAAAGCCAUUAGAAAUAUGGAUGCUAACAAAGCGGCAGAAACGGCAGCCAAAGAAAAUGCCGCCGAUAAGGUAAGCGAUGUGGAAAAUGCAUCGGUCGCCGCGGGGGUGGCGAAAGCCGAGGGGGCCCAGCCGGAACGGGGGCCCAAAGAUGCAGCCGAAUCCCCCGCCGCUGCCGACGCCUCUGCCGCCGCCGCUGAUGACGUCGCUGAUAAAAAAGCCAAAGGAGACUCAACGGCAGUUUCAAAUCCCGAAUCGGAUGCAGCGGACAAAAAGGAGAAAUCCCCCUCGCCGGCAUUAAAGAAGUCCAACAAUAAGGAUGCUAAAAAGGAGGACAACUCCGAGAAGGACGAGGAGAACACGGAAGACGGCGAUGAUCCAGAGGAGGAGGAUGAAAAGGCUAGCGAUGAAGAGAUUGAGAAAAAGAAAUCCAAAUCAGAUGCAGAGGACAAGAAAAAGGAAACCACUGAUGAGUCCAAGCCAAAGUCCGGAGCCAAUAAGCCCAAGAAACCCGAGCCCAAGGCCAAGAAUGGUAAGGUGGCCAAGGAAGAGGACGAUGACGAAGAGGACGAGGAUGAUGAGGAUGCCGAAGAUGAUGAUGGAGAGGAGAACGAUGGCCUGGACAAGAACAACGAGGUGGCCGAGGAUGAUGAGAAUGUCGUGGCUCUCGCCGAGAUUGAUCGGAUCAAUGAGAAUAUAAACAAGACUCGUGUAGAUGGCCUGCAAACAUUGCAUGCAAUCUGCUUUGGUGCACAUGGCAAGAACAAUGUGGUCAAGAAGAACUUACGCUCCUUUGCCGGUUUCGAGUUUGCCAAGGAUUCAGCGGAGUACAACAAAAAGCUAGAUGCCAUCAAAAAGGUGGAUAAUAAGGGGCUGCGCAGCAUCUGCGAGAUCCUUACCCUCGAUCGCAAGGGCAGCAAGAACGAGACUGUCCUGCGCGUGCUCAAAUUCCUAAUGGAACCCGACGAGUCGCUUUGCUUGGAGCAGGGCGAUGAGGAGGAGGAGGAAGAUCCCGAGGACGAGGAUCUGGAUGAAGAUGAGGAGGACCCGCCCAGUGAAGAGGACAAGAAGCGCAAGAGCGGAAAGUCUAGCGGCGGCGCUGGAAGAGGCUCUGCACGCAACUCCACCGGACGUCCGCGUCGUUCGACGGCAGGAAAGAAAAUGUCCGCCUAUGUAGAUUUCUCAAGCUCUGAGGAGAGCGAGCAGAAAGUGGCACUUCCCAAAAGAAGACGAAAUGAUGACUCUGAAUCAGGCUCAGAUUACAAUCCUUCUGCCAAUUCCGACUCCGAUGGUGGUCGUGGUGGUGGUGCUGGUGCAGCGGGUCGCAAAGUCCCAAGCCGCGGCGGUCGCGGUCGUCCUGCGCGCAAAAGCCGCAGAAGAAACUCUGAUUCCGAGGAGGAAGAGGAAUCGGAAGUUUCCGAUGCCGAUAGUGAUGUCCCAAAACGCAAACGUGGUUCCGUGGGGAAACGUGGGCGACCGGCAGCUCCUGCGUCAGCUGGACGAAGGGGUAGAGGGCGAGGUGCAGCUUCCCGAAAGCGCAAAGAUUCAGAUAGCGAAGAUGAGGAGGUAUCUGAGGAUGAAGAGGAGGAGGACGUCUCUGAUUUUGCCAGCGACCAAAGCGAAGAGGAACGUCCCAAAAAGAGUAAGAAGCCCAUUACGCCUGCGAAAAAUAGCAAAGCUAACAACAAGUCAAAACCAGCUGGAAAGGCCGAUAGUCGAUCGAAAAAAUCAAAGAAGGAAUCGUCCGAGGAAGAUGAUGAUGUGGAUGACAAAGAUGAAUCCGACGAGGAUGAGCCACUAACCAAAAAGGGCAAACAGGCAUUCCCAACGGAUGAACAAAUACGCGGAUAUGUCAAAGAGAUUCUGGAUAAAGCAAAUCUGGAGGAGAUUACCAUGAAAACUGUGUGCAAACAAGUGUAUGCAAAAUAUCCAGACUUUGAUCUAACAGACAAGAAAGACUUCAUCAAGGCAACAGUGAAAGCGUUAAUUGCGACAUAA